CUUUCAACGCGUCUCCAGGAAAUGCCCCACAGGCGUUAAUAGGGACUUGCAACCUGGGCAGCAUGGAUUGCCGCCUUCAAUCACUUUGUUUCAAUCAUUUCCACCGUCAUUUUCACAUUUCCAAGAAGCCAACGGAGUAAUUGAACCUGUAAAUAUUCGCUACAUUCACUAUACAUCUCCAACAACUUUGAUUCACGACCCAGCGCUUCACUAGCUGUCACGUCACCCCCAACCCGUUAACGAUCGUUCACUUACCUCACCGAAAGAGACUUAUUACUCCCUGGGAACGGGUUGGCAAUGCCCAGCUUUUGAGAUUCCAGAACUAUCUAUAUCCACCUCCCGUGCAGAUGCCUCUUUUUGAAAUGUCACCAAACGUCCAGGAGCGAGAGACUCUUGGGCGUAAACGCAGCCACGAUGAAUAUGCCGACGACGCUAUCAAGGCUGAACAGACAGGAACGGAUGAUGGCCUCGCAAAGCCUACUCUUCAGCCUGCUGGAAACUCCUUAUUGCCACCGAUAACACAUAGCAUCAUACAAUCUUCACCGAGUGGUUCGCCAUGUCUGACUGAGGGUGGAAGCAGCACACCUGCUCAGAAUUCUCCUUCGCCACAAACACCUACCAAAUCUACAACAGAUUCCACAUCACAAGCAACAGCGGCGAACACUGAACCUCCAAAAUCAGCGAACCCAGCAGCAAAGCGAAAGAAACUCACUGCAGAUGAAAAGGAAGCAAAAGAAAAGGAGUUGCUUGAAAAGAAGGAAGCCAAGGAAAAGGAACUAGCAGAAAGGAAAAGAGAGCGUGAGGAAAAGGCCGCUCAGAAGGCUGCUGAAAAGGCAAAGCUAGAAGAAGAAAAAGCCGUAAAAGCCAAAGAACGCGAAGAGAAGCGAAAGAAGAAAGAAGAAGAAGAACGCAAAAAGGCCGGUGAGCGAGAAGAGAAGAAGCGACAGAAGGAAGAAGAACAGCAACGAAUCCAAGACGAGAAGGACAAGAAGCUUCGAAGCCAGCCAAAACUUAGUUCUUUCUUUGCAACCCCCAAAACACCGAAGAAGGCGACGCAAGAGACAACAUCCAAAUCAGAGAGCCCCCUCAAGACAGAGGUCUUGACGACGACUGAACCAGCAGGCGAUGCUGCCUACAGAAAGCGCUUCCAGGAGUUCUUCAUUCGCGAUAAUGUCACAGUAGCGAAGCUUGGCCCACAGAUGGACGAUGAAACACGGUUGGCCAAGGCAGCCAUUGUUGAUGAAUGUAUCGCAGGCCAUCGAAGCGACAUUGCAUCACUAUUUAGUCCCUGUCAACUGCUUGCCCUCCCUCAUCCAUCAAGACGAAGAGGCAAGUUACACCAGUCAGUCAAACACAUCAUGGAGGUCGCUACAAACAGCACCGCUCAAAGAAACGGACACCAAGACUUGCAAGCCGCGCGGAAACAACUCGAAAAAGUACCUCUGAAGAUUAUUGCAUUUUCUAGAGAUGUGCGACCGCCGUACUACGGUACCCUCACAUCUCGCCUCGCUGCGGUGGGACAAGCAGCGAUGGUGAAACAGUGCAAGAACUCCGCGGCACGUGUACUGCCUCUGGAUUAUGACUAUGACUCGGAAGCCGAAUGGCAGGAAGAUGAAGGUGAAGAUCUUGAGCUGGAUGAUGAAGAGGAGGAGCUGGAUGAUGAAGAUGAUUUGGACGGCUUCCUCGACGACUCAGAAGAUUCUGGCCUAUCACGCAGCAAUUUUGCUAACACGAUGGAACCGGAUUGUACGGGUGUCUGUUUUGAGGAUGAGAACCGCACGACGCCGGAAUAUUCUUUGCAAGCUUUCAAGAUGGAAUUGAUCAAUAAAUUAUCGCCCUCAGGAAGUAUUGAUCCGUUUAGCACGGUUUAUUGGGAGCCUGAAGUAAAACUUAGCAUGGCGACAGCUUCUGACAAGAUGCCACCACCCCCGGCUCCUGCGAAUGCUUUUGCCGCUAUCAGCGGGAACAUGACAGCCACAGCUACGGAACAAGUCAAGCUGGUCAAGAAGGAGCUCCUCAAUGAUGUCAAGAAGGCAAUCCUUGACAACAAGGCGCUCUCUAAAGUAGGCAUCAUUGACUACAUUUUCCAGCAGUUCCGAGAUAACGUCUCGAGGACCGAAGUGAAGAAUACCUUGGAACUGGUGGCGGAGAAGAAGGGCACAGGUCGCUCUAAGGAGUGGGAUCUUAAGCCAGGGCAUGAAAUUGUCUCUUAAAACGAGACGUGGGAUCCAAGAAUUGGAGUUUACGUAUAUCAUUUUUCUAUUGCUUAGCGAGGAGCACGGCGGGCAUUGUAUUUCAUCCAUUUAUUGCUUCUUACUAUGGGCAUGACUUGCUGUUAAUUUAUACGGGAAUAAUGACAACAUAUUGGUAUCAUGGAAAACAGAA